AUACAACAAUAUCUUUUUGAGAAGAGAAAAGAAAACUCAACCCAAAACAGAACAGAAAAGAAAGAAACUAGAGAAUGAAGUGAACACCAUUAUUUAUAUUUAGCAUUAGAGAAAAAAGAAAGAGAGAAAGAAAUGGGUGCUGUUGCUGAGUCUAUUUGGAUGCAUUUACAGUUGCAGCAGCACCAGCAACAACAGCCCAUAUAUAAGAAGAAACACACAACAAAAAGUUUGUGUUUCAGCCCAAAAAGUCUUAUUAUUAAUAAUAAUAAUAAUAAUGGUGGGAAAAAAGUGUUCUUUCCUACUAAUACUUCUCUUGUGUCCUUAAACAACAACACUUCUAUUAGUGUUGUUGCCAAGUUGAGUUCUUCCGCCGCUGCAGAAGCAGCGGCGGUGCCACCUUUGGAAUUGGGUGUUGGGGAGAUAAAGAACAAGUGCAAGAAGUGGAUGUGGAAGGGUCAGUUUUCGAUUAAUUACUUGGUUGAAGGAGAAGAAAACCAAGAAUCGAAAUUGGAAUCGAAAUCCAAUCCUCCUUUGCUUCUUGUUCAUGGCUUUGGUGCUUCAAUUCCUCAUUGGCGCAGGAAUAUUAGAACAUUAGCCCAGAAUCAUACUGUUUAUGCAAUUGACCUUCUUGGGUUUGGUGCUUCUGAUAAGCCAGAAGGUUUUCCAUACACAAUGGAAACAUGGGCUCAGUUAAUAUUAGACUUCUUGGAUGAAAUUGUAAAGAAGCCAACUGUUCUAGUUGGAAACUCUGUUGGAAGCCUUGCUUGUUUAAUUGCUGCCUCAGAAUCUAAUCAAUCAUUGGUUAGAGGACUUGUGUUGCUAAAUUGUGCUGGUGGCAUGAACAACAAGGCAGUUGUUGAUGAUUGGAGAAUCAAACUAUUAUUACCUUUGCUUUGGUUAGUUGAUUUUUUGUUGAAGCAAAGAGCAAUUGCUUCUUAUAUUUUCGAGCGUGUUAGGCAGAGAGAAAACAUCAGAAAUAUUUUGCUAUCUGUAUAUGGAAAUAAGAAAUCUGUGGAUGAUGAUCUAGUAGAGAUCAUCAUUGAACCGACAUUCGACCAAGGAGCAUUGGAUGCUUUUGUUUCGAUUGUGACAGGUCCACCAGGGCCAAACCCUGUGAAAUUGAUGCCGAAAAUCUCCAUACCUAUUCUGCUUCUAUGGGGCAAUCAAGAUCCAUUUACUCCUCUUGAUGGACCAGUGGGGAAGUACUUCAGUGCCUUACCUGCUAAGGUAACAAGCAUAAGCCUCUUUGUUUUGGAAGGUGUAGGUCAUUGCCCCCACGACGACGAGCCUGAAUUAGUCCACGAAAAGCUUCUUCCAUGGUUGGCUCAGCUUCCUGCUUCAUGAUCAUGACAGAAAAAUCUAUGCAAUUAUGAUCAAUUGCCUCCCCAUUACACUUGGUGAGAUUAUGGAGAGAAACACUCUCUUUCUAUAUUGAUAUGUAUAUUUUUUGGUUAAACUACUUUAAAGUUUAACAGAAAUAAAGAAAAAUCCAAAAUUUCUUA